AUGAGAGCCCUAGAUGUCCCGUCGGAAAGCGACUCCGAUGAGGCGAUUGCGCCGGCCCUACCUGUGCAGGCUACACAAGACGGGGUGAGUGAGCAUGUUAUAGUUGAACAGGCAACUUUGCCCGUCAUCAGACUGCCCUGGGAGUCGGGAGUUUUUCAAGAGAUUUUUGCCAGGCCGUCGAUCAUAAGCGAUGACCUGCCCACCCCCACCAUGUAUGGUCAAGCUGAACUUCAACUGAGGGAGAUCUCGGCGCAACAGUCGGUGAAGCGCCAGUGCCGAGUAGUCACACCUGACAAGGCCAUUUUCUUGCAGGCAGUCAGGCGCAAGCCCGACAGAGACUUCGACGAGAAGUGUGAAUACGUCUGGGGCCGAGCUGUCAAACUCUGGCUGACGCUCAUGCUAGCGUCACCCUCAGCCGGUAAGUUUGUCCAAAGUGUGUGCAGCAUGGAUGAGGAGGAAGCUCUCUCAUCUAUCAGAGAUGUAUUUGGUGUUAAGUCACCCCAUACUGCACUGAAACGAGCCACAUCUCUUAUCAGAUUCAUGAAGUGGCUGAGACUAGGAGUAGACAGUCACGAACCGCUCAUGCCUCCGGAGCCGAUUCUUUACGCCUUCCUGAAGGAGCUGACCUGCAGGUCAACAAGGAAGCUGGCAGCUCUCGGGACGGUCCAAGCUUUGCGCCUAGCCCAGCAUGUUCUAAGAUGUCACAACUUGGAGGCGGUUUUGUCACCACGAGUGGUGGGUGCAGCAGACCGUUCUGCAGGUGAGCACUUGCCUCAAAACCAGGCCCGUGAUUUGACGGUUAGUGAAGUGCGACAGGUGGAAGAGGCCAUACGUGCACAGGAUGCCGACCCGAUCGACAGAUUUGCUGCAGGGGUCAUGUGCUUCCAACUGUUCGCAAGGAACCGCUGGAGCGAUGUAGCGUGCAUUGACAGCCUUUCCUUUGAUGUCACAGAAGUUGCUGGACGACCUGUCGGCUACGUAGAAGCCAGGGCACGCCAUGUCAAACAGAGCAGCCAAGCGAAGAAAAAGAAGGCGCUGUUCAUGCCAUUGGUGGCACCUAUUCAGGGAGUCAGCCCCGACUUCUCUUGGGCGCUUGAGUGGCGUCAUGCUGCUCAGCUAGCAGGCAUUGAUCUGACAAAGCGACCGCUUGGGGCACUGCUCCCGGCACCGGGACCAGAGGGAUCCUUCCUCAAACGACACAUAGACACAGCUGAGGCGUCGGACUGGCUGCAUGGACUGCUCUUGAGGAGCGAUCCCACCCGACAGCGCACCACGUCGCACUGUCUCAAGCACACGGUGCUGGGCUGGCUUAGUAGGUUUGGGAUCCACGGUGAGACGCAGACUUUGCUAGCGCACCAUAGCACAGGGCCCAUGAGCGACCUAGCUUACUCUCGGGAUGCGCUGAGUGGACCAAUUCGCCAAUUAGAACAGAUGCUCCAACAGAUACGUGAAGGGUCAUUUCUUCCUGACGCUACCAGGAGUGGCUAUUUUGUCAGGGAGAAUGUUAGCGAGGCAGCUCCGUCCUGGAGCAUGCUCAGUGAGUCACCAACUCUGGCCCGUCCGAUGCCAACAACAUGGGAAGGCCCCGACCGCAUGGAGCAGGCCAGUGUCGAGGGGGAGGAGCAGCAUGGAGCAAUGGAGCCCACAACGGAAGGUGACACCCGAGACCACAGGCCAGAGGCGGCUGUAGAGGUGGAUGUGGCCAACGGGACAGCUCAGCAGCCUGGAAUUACAGAAUCUGGCGAAGCACCAGAAGACGAGAGAGAUACGGUUUGCUCGGGGGCCGGCCUCGUGGCAACCGACGUCUUAUCCCCCGUCUCCAGCUCUGACUCAGACACUGCGAGCUCCACGUCCAUGGAAGAGGAGACGUGCGACCAAGCCCUCCCCGACGGCUUUGAGGCACUGCGAAAUGUCAACUCGACAGUCGUGCACCUGCACAGGCCAGGUGCGGUGUCUCUGAAGUUUGGUCCGGUUGUGACAGAGAACUUUUCUCGAGUCAGAAAUAGUGUCUGUCGAGCAAUGGCUAGCGCAGCAGAUUCGGAGGCUUUCUUCAAGGAACAUGCGGCCAGAGUAGGUAUGGCUGAGGACGUGAUAAACAAGCUAGUCGCACAAGGGAUCAAGACGGUCAGCCAGGCAGCUUAUGCAGCGUCUCCGCCAGGACAACCGUUGACAGAUGCAUCGGUUGAAGCCCUCUUGACAAAAAUAGGUGCUGCCAACCCAACUCUGGCGUUGGUGACCCAGGCGAAGCGGCUCCUCUUCGAAUCGCAGACCAUGGCCUUGUCUCAUUUGAAGUCGGUUGUAGAGCAAAAACCGGAAUCGAUCGCUCGGCAUAUGCCUGGAGCUGAGCGCCAUCAAAGGAUGACGUGUCAGGCGACCAGGCUGGCGGGCAUUGAGAUCAAGAACGACCUAGAGCCGGCUCACUCCGUGUACGAUGUCAUAGCAACGAUGGUGGAGCACAGCUCCAUCAAGUACCUGCACCCAUCGAAGAUUCCGACUCGUCAGCAGGAACUGUCCCAAACGAAAGGGACUAAGGAGCUGGCGCUUGAUACUUCAGGAGCCAGCCUCACCAUUACGGAGAAGGCUUCCUCGGCGCAAGCAAAACUGGGCACGGAAAUGGCAACCUACCGCGCCAUGCAGAGGCGUGGCUUAGCCUUCGAUUUGGUAGGUAUCCUCAGCUACAAGGUCCACGAGAAGUGGUUGCAGAAGGCAUUCAGCCGGCUGCAAGACCCGGCGAUACCAGGUUACGCCCCAGUCUCCCUUGCGCAGGUCCUUAGGGCAGACAAGGCUCUCUGGCUGGUACUCGCCCAGGCGAGCAUCAAACUCGAACGGGCAGCACCAAACGCGGACUUGGCGACUCCUCGAUGCCUGGACGAUGCCUUCACAAAGGCCAUGGAGGCAGCGGAAGUUAGCUUCCCGCUCCUGCCUCUGCCAGCGAAUGCGGAGGCGAUCUUUCCUGGAAAAGGCAAAGGCAAGGGUUUCGGUGGCUGGAAGCGGCAGCUUCCAUGGGACGGCAAGGUUGGUCAGCCGCAGAAACUUGCCAGAUCCGAGUUCUGGGGAAAAGGAAGGAAAGGAAAAGAGAAGGGUGGCAAGAACCAUGGCGGGGGCAAGGACCCGUGGGGUUCUAAGGAGGGUCGUCGCUGGAACCAGUGGACGCGGGAAGGCAAAGGGUCGCAGACACCUAUGCCUUUCAAGCUGAGAGGUGGUGUGGCCGUUACACCCCAAGGCGAGCCUAUCUGCUUCGGCGCCAACCUCGGUGAAUGCCAGGACGCUCCGUUGGGAGGCAAAUGCGCUAAGGGCUGGCACGUGUGCUGCCGACCCAAUUGCUUCGGCAAGCAUGCAUUCAUUGACCACCCAGGCAAGAAGGCACACCAGUGGGGUGAGAGAGCCUUGCCGGUUGUCAGCGCCUCAGACAAAGCUGCAGAUCUUGACUCAGACAAACCUGCGAUUUUCGACUCAAUGUGUCACACUUCGGCCAACUCGAGUGCUGGAGAGGCACCCGACUGGAGCUUACACGAGGGUGUCAUGAACAGUUUUUCUCCCAAGCAAUUUUCAGCUCCCAUUGAGGAGAGCUCUUUAGUUCAAAUCAACGGUUCUGCGGUGGAUAGUUUGGCAACGCCAGACAACUUGUCCGCUGAUCAGCAACCAGCGAGCGAUGCGACACACUUGCAGUGUGGGGGCCUGUCGUCGGGCGCGAAGCACAUGCAGGAGUUUUGGUGCCUGGAGCUGUUCGCGGGCUCAGCUGGGAUUACCGCCGCUAUGGUGGAUAAGAUCACCAGGCUUGGCCCUGGUGUGGAUGACACCCCCCCUUGGUACCAGCUCCAGGGCAAGGGAGCUGCCAGGGCCCCAGAACUCAGCGAAAUGGUUGGCGUCUUGAGCAUGGGAUGCACCAAGGUGCUUGAAAGCCAUGCAUGCAUGUUCGGCGCUGGACAUAAAAGGCGCAUGGCAUUGGCAGUGAACAACGGCGCGUUCGAUGCGCUUGCCCGUGAAUGUGACGGGGCACACGAGCACGAGCAAUGGAAGGACGAGCACGGUAUCAGUCAUGGAUCUGAGGAGACUCUGCACCCAAGCGGACUCUGCAAGGCGGCUGCCCAGUGUGCAAUAGGAGCCCUGCUCAAACAAGGUUUGUUGCCAGCGCCCCAGCAGACUGUCCAGUCAAGGAGCAGUCUGCCCUCAAUGGCUUCACUGACUGCAGGCAACCGGACCAAAAGAGCAGCAGCCCAAAGGCUUGUCCCUGAAUUCAAGGCCCAGUUCAAAUCCAGGACAGCGAACUUGCUGACCAGCAAGGGAUGGCAUCCAGCGACAGCUCUCUGCCAACGGCCGCAAUGGCUGCCCGCAUCUCAGGAGGUUUUGAUCAGCCCCCUGUCGGAGGACCACGAGGUCUACGUAUCUGUUCCCUGGACAUGUCAGGAGUUUUGUGCACAGGCGCGCAAGGUGGGUCACCCGAGUCAUCUUGACUUGGGGCUCUCUGAUCCUCUCAAGCGUACCACCGAACAGGUGGCUGCGGAGUCCCCCAGUUGCGUUAUGCAGAUUAGGGUACAACAGUGCAAGAGGUGGGCGCAGCGGGCUCAGGCAUUGGAGGCCCAGGAAAGGAUUGCCAAACAGGCCCUACCUAAGCAUAUCCGGGACUCACUCCGCAGCAAACGCAUUCUUCUCUUUCAGGAGAUGUUGAGUGCGUCAGCAUAUCCUGAUAAAGCUAUUGGAGAGGACUUUCUGAAAGGUUUCCCCUUGACAGGGAGCCUCCCCCUACCGGAAGGCUGGGAACCAGACGUUCGUCCAGCACUCAUGACAGAUGCGGAUCUGAGUGCACUCCACUGCGACAACAAUGACAAGAUCAUACAAGAAGUCGUCCAAAACAGCAGAUUUGUUCAGGAACUAUGGGAUAAGUCCAUUCAGGAAAGAGACAAGGGAUGGUCACAAGGUCCUUACCGCCUGGCCGACCUACCCGAGGAUGCGCUGAUCAGCAAGAGGUUUGGAAUCCAACAAGGCUUGCCUUUCGGUGCCACGGCAGCUGUACACUCCUUCAUCAGAGUCUCCCUCGCCUUGUGCCACAUAGGGAACGUCCUGUUUCGACUGCCUAUGACCGCCUACUACGAUGAUUUCACUCUUUUCAGCAGCGAGGAGCUUCGUAACUCCACCUCGGCCACCGUCGACAUCAUGUUCUCCCUGUUAGGUUUCGAUUUUGACCGAGACGGUGAUAAGGCACAGGACCUGCACACGACUUUCCGAGCACUGGGGGUGCAAUUUUCGUGCCUGGAGGACGAGGAUCGGACUGUUCUUGUGUCAAAUACAGAAGAAAGGCUUGAAGAUGCAGUGGAAAAGCUUCAGGAGAUCAUCGAAUCGGGUUCACUCACCCCCAAGUUGUGGGCGAAGAUGCGCGGUCGUUUGGGUUUCAUGAGCGGACAAAUUGCCGGCAGACUUCCGCGAGCACUGUUGAGGGCAGUGACCGUGGCCGUGCGGCUCAGACCGGCACUACGAGACGUCAUCUUUGUUUACACUGAUGCAUCGCAAGAGGGAGUAGACAACCUUGAUAUGGGGCUUGGUGCAGUGGUCCAGGACCACGAGGGAACCAUCUUGGGGUGGUUUGGUCUGUUGCUCCCCCGUGACGUUGCUGAGGAUAUCUUGCGUGAAGGGAAGAAGUGCAUCAAUGAGUUAGAGAGUCUAACUGUAGCAUUGACUGUUCGUCUCUGCGCGGCCAUACUGCUACAGCGGCACGUGGUAUUCUAUCUCGAUAACGAGGCAGCCAGAGUGACAUUGCUUCGGAUGCAAAGUGAGAAUGCCAUGCUUGACGCAGUGGCCAAAAUCUCAGCUGUCCACGAAUCCGAACUGUCCUGCAUUCCAUGGUAUGCACGUGUGCCGUCGCGCAGCAACAUAGCUGAUGCGCCGAGUCGCUGUUGUUUCCUGGGUCUGCCCAACUCUUGCAGGAUCAAGGACGAUGUUACUGUGGAAGCAUUGCGUGAGGAGGGGUUUUUCGUGUUUUUGUACCCAGGUGUGAUGCUGUUGCGGAGGAUCACGGCCCUGCAGAUGAGAGCCUUCGAGAUUUGGGUUCGUACAUUGAGUAUGGACCAGAUCGUCAUGCUGGCCGAGCGCAUCGAGGACGUCUUGGCAGAUAGAGAGAUAGAGAUCCGUGAGCGAUUGCAGGCCAGGCGUAACCUGUUGAAUGCUACGCUAUCAACAGCUGCGAGCUCGUCCUCCACGCCGCAAGAAGCCCAGCCUAGUGAGCAACGUCCGAGUUCUUCGUCUCGUGACCAGUCUUGGGAAUUCCUUGACCCACAGUAG